AAUUUGAAGUGACCUUACUCCACCCAUUCCCCUCCAAGCAGGCUUUCAUCUACUCGAGUUGGAGGCUUCGAGCACGAGAUUGCAUCAGUCCUUGCUAGUUAAAAGCCCUUUCCGAAUCUGGGUCAAAUCCUAAUUUCCAUGAGUCGGGAUCAGGGUUUAACCACCGAAUUCAAUGGAAGCUUCCAAGCGUAACAGCUGAGCCCCCUUCCACACCGGUCGGCGCACCAACGGCCCGAUCGCUCCGUUCGCUGUUCCCUCCGCGCACACCGUCGCGUCGCUGGUCGCGCACCGCCGGAUUCGCCGCUGCUGAUGUAAUAUGCACGCCGAUUGGAUGUGGUUGGAGGAGGUGAAGGGGAGGGAGCGCGGGGAGCUGCGCACCCGGCGUUUCGAGGCCGCCGCCCGGGCGCGCCGCGCGGCCUCGCUCGAGCUCUCCAACCGCAAGGAGUUCGCCACCCCGCACCACGGCGCCGUCAACUCCCUCCAGGUUGAUUUGACAGAGGGGAGGUACCUGCUCUCCGGGGCGUCGGAUGGCUCGGCCGCUGUAUUCGAUGUGCGGAGCGCGACAGAAUACGAAGCCGGGUUCAUAGCGAAGCACGGGAACAUACUGCUUGUGGACAAGCAGCACGAGAAUGGCCACAAGUUCGCCAUAUCGGCGGCCGUUUGGUAUCCUGUGGACACCGGGCUGUUCGUCACAGCGUCCUUUGAUCACUUUGUCAAAGUUUGGGAUACCAAUUCGACUCAAGUCGUCAUGGAUUUUAAGAUGCCUGGAAAAGUGUACAGUGCAGCUAUGUCUCCAAUUGCAACAACGCACAUGCUCAUCGCUACUGGGAGCGCAGAUGUUCAGGUCCGCCUGUGUGACGUUGCUUCUGGAGCCUUUACCCACACGUUGUCCGGUCAUCGUGAUGGUAUCAUGUCUCUGGAGUGGUCUGCCUCAAGUGAGUGGAUUUUGAUGAGCGGUGGCUGCGAUGGGGCAAUACGUUUUUGGGACAUUAGACGAGCUGGAUGCUUUCGUGUUCUUGAUCAGUCACGGUCUCAGCUUGGAAGGAGGCCUCCUCUUCUCCAAAACACUAAUGAUAAACAGGAUCACAUGGAUUCCUUAGGACCUUCACCUUCCACAAGAAGCUACUCAGCUCAGAAAAGAACAAGCAACUCUAAGAAGAAAUCACCAGAUUUGCGCAAAAGUCAAAACCUGACACAUGGACAGAUGCAACAGAGAUUGCAUCCCGGUUUGUCAUCCAGUCAAAAUCGUGCAACAGCUCAUUAUGGUGCUGUUACUGGAUUACGAACAACUACAGAUGGGAUGUACCUUCUUAGCUCGGGAUCUGAUUCUCGUUUAAGACUAUGGGACAUCGAUUCAGGCUGCAAUACUUUGGUCAAUUUUGAAGCUAUGCGAUUGCAGACUGGCAAGCCAUUACAGUUAGCUGUCACUGAGGAUCCUUCACUUGUAUUCGUUCCAUGCAUGGCAAGCAUCAAGGCAUACAAUUUAUGGACAGGUACGACAUCUCAAACAUUCCGGGGGCACUACGAACUUGUGAAUUGCUGCUACUAUAGCGCACAGGACCAAGAAUGCAGGAACUUUAUACUGGCAGCAAUGAUAGGCAAAUUCUUGUGUGGUCUCCAUCAACUCCAGCUUUUACUGAAAUGGAAGACGAUGACAAGCGGCACAGGUUUUCUGCAGCUGAUGAGGAUAACUGGAGUGACUAAGAACUCGUGUACAAGUGUCUACUAACAUUGGAUGUUAACAAGUCAGGGUGAUUGUUAAUAUUGCAUUAACCAGUAAAUCUUGUUAGCAGCUCUUGAAGUUUGAUGCAGGAUUACUCUAAUCUGUAAAAGUUGUUGUACAAUAUCAUGUGCAAUUUUGAAGGUUUAUUCAAGUGAAGUAUUUUUCUGUGGUGUUGAAAUAUUGGUAUAUUUAUCAGAAAAGGAUGGAGGGAUGUCUCAGGUUCA